AUGGAUGUUUGCUUGUCAUCUCCAAAAGUUGCACCUGAAUUUUAUCGUGCUUCUAAGGAUGCAAUACUUCUGUAUGAAGCAGUUUUUCCUGUCAAGGCUAUUGAUGGAGCUGAUGGUUUCCAGAACUCCCAUCAGAUGCAACAAUUUGAAUCUGCAAAGUUCAGCAUAGAUCAGAAUCUCUCUGGAGAUACUCCUUCUAGACGAUAUGGCAGCCGAGGAAAUAUUAGAGACAAUGUUGCUCUGCUGGUGGAUCUAAUCAGAGCCAUAUUCACUGAUACGCCUCUGCGAAAAGAGUGCAUCAGGACAAUCAGCAAUGUAAGCCCCUAUUAA